ACACACACACACACACACACACACACACACACACACACACACGCCCCCUCUGCAGCCUUUAUGUUUUCUGUGCGGCAGUGACGAGGAGGAGAGGUUUCUGUGUUUGGUCCUCGAGGGGAGGAGGAGUCAGCCGUGUAUCGUUUACGCUGCAACGAGAAAAAGGCGCUGCGCAGGGAGGAAAAAGGACGUCACUACAAAUGAGAACUCAAAUAAACACUGACCAGUCCACCAGUCCGGGACUAUUUUUACACCUGAUGAGCUCCAGCGGAGGUGGAGGCAGAAGAGAGACAAAGUAAACCACAUGAUUGGUUCUCAGAAAAGUUCCAGUUUAGCAAUGUUCCCCUCGGGCAGGGAUUACCUCCUCUCCGCUGUCUCCCCCUUCAUCCCUCCCACGCUUCUUCGCUCACAUAGAGAAAUGUUCAUCCAGUUCCAAGACCCUGAGCCGUGAGAGCUCUCACAGUGCUCGUCCACCCACACACGAACAAAGUCCAACACACAUUCAACCUUUUGCAACCAGCACAUGGUCGUUGACCCACUCUCGUCCUAGAACAUGAAGAGGCCCAAACAGCAAGCGGGGCCCCUAAGCUUCCUCAGCUUCUUUAGCCGUAAGCCCAAAUCCGAGCCAAAGCCAGAGAAGCCUGUGGAAAGCUGGCCCAGAGAGGAAGUGCCUAUAACCUUGACCCCGAGUGAGCAUCCAGAGCAGGAAAUCAGCCUCACGGCAGAAGAUGCCGGAAAAUCCAGAGCUUCCGUAGCAGAGGGAGGAGAAGAAGGGGGCCCACCAGCUGUGGCUGAGGCUACCACGGAGGAGCAGGUGGGUGGAGGCAGCAGCGGCUCCACCGGUGUCCUCUCCCUCUCUUCAUCCAGCCAGGAGCAGCUGCUGGACGAACAUCUGGAGGAGUGCCCACUGUGCCUACUCAGCCAGCCGCGCGUCCACUUUCCACGACUCACUUCCUGCUCCCACAGGGCAUGCUCCGACUGCCUCCGCCAGUACCUUCGCAUCGAAAUAUCAGAGAGCAGAGUGAGCAUUGCGUGCCCACAGUGCCCUGAAACUCUGACCCCACUGGAUGUUUGCACCAUCCUGGAUGACCGAGCUCUGCUGGAAAGGUUUGAGGAGUUCCAGCUGAGGCGGUUUUUGGCUGCUGAUCCAGAUACACGCUGGUGCCCUGCUCCAGACUGCAGCUAUGCAGUGAUAGCAUAUGGAUGUGCGGAGUGUCCCAAGCUGAGCUGCGGCCGUCAGGGCUGCGACACGGAGUUCUGCUACCACUGUCGGCAGCUUUGGCACCCCAACCAGACGUGUGACCAGGCUCGGCGUCAGCGAGCUCGCCAUACUUCAGGGGGCAACGAUGCCUCCACGCUUUAUGUAUUCAACGAGGAUGCUGGUGGAGAUGCAGAGGAGAUCAAAGCAUGCCCUCGCUGUGGUGCUUACAUCAUGAAGACCAAUGACGGCAGCUGUAACCGCAUGAACUGCACUGUGUGUGCCUGUCAGUUCUGCUGGCUGUGUAUGCAGGAGAUUACGGAUGUGCACUACCUCAGUCCUUCAGGAUGUACCUUUUGGGGGAAGAAGCCAUGGUCUCAGACCCGCAAAGUUCUGUGGCAGGUGGGCAUGCUGCUCGGAGCGCCCGUGGUCAUCUCCCUCAUAGCUGGCAUUGCCAUCCCAGUCAUCAUAGUAGGCAUACCAAUCUACAUGGGCCGCAAGGUUCACGGUCGCUGUAAGAAGAACAAUAUCUCAGGAAGUAAGCACUACUUGACCGUGGCCAGUGGAGUGAUGAUGUCAGUGUUUGUGUCUCCGGUCAUAGCAGCUGUUACUGUUGGAGUGGGUGUGCCGCUGAUGCUGACUUACGUCUACGGAGUCGUUCCCAUGUCACUUUGCAGAAACGGCUGGUGUCGACCACAGGGUGAACCUCCAGAAACACACAAAAUACAACUAGAAGACUUAGCCAACUACCUUCUAUUCUCUCAUGUAGUCAGUGAUCAUUGGACGGGUCAGAACAACCCAAAGCUCAGUGAUACCAGUCUGCAGGAGGUCCGAGUCAGUGUACAGGAAGUCGGUGUCCUGCCGAGUACGAGCACUGGACCUCCUGAACUAGAUAGAUACACAGGAUUGGAUGAAGCUGCUAAAGGUCGUGGCUACACCCAACAGGACAGCCAUUCUGACUGUGAGGUUUUUAUUGUGCCUGACAGCAAGCUUGAAGACACACAGGGCCUCAGUUUAAGAGAAGGGACUAACAUUGAAGUUUGCGUGGAGAUUGAAACCCAUCCGAGAGGUGCCUGUCAAUCCAGUUUAAGUAGCAUCCUGUCCAGUCAAAGCUUGUCGGCGGAGUCACUGGGACACCCCCAAGACUACCCAUGUGCCUCAGAGGUGGGAGAACGACAAGAAGGGCGAGGAAGUUGGGGGGAAGAUCGGAAUGGAGCAGAGAAACUGGGAAGAAAAGCAGGAGGAAGUGAAGACACCGUUUUUCCUGUCUUUGAGGUGGUUGAUGUAUGAGGUCCCUAAGCGUAGGUCCCACUCACGUUUGAAGACUAAUUUUGGAGCUGACCUGUCAUCAGAUGGACUUGAGAGUCAUCAGUUUCAGCGAUGGGUCCUCCCACCAGAUGCCUUCACGCUCCGCCCUCUUAAGGACGUUGCGAGAUUUGUGAGAGCAAAUGAAAAAGAUGAACAUUUGACUGAGCAUGAGACUAUAAAAUAAAGAUGCUGAAGGAGACAGAAAUGAAUAUUAGCAGCCUAGUUCACACUGUUUCCCCCAAAACUACCUUACUCUCCCUCUAUUUUUAAACCUACUUCUUCAAAUCACCUCAUCUAGCUAUCCUCUUUGAGCCAUCUUACCUCCUUUUUCCCUCAAGUAGCAUGAUUUGUUUUGAGAAGGAAUCAAAAACUGCCCUAGCAGUGGCUUGGUAUAAAAUGUUUCACAAGCCAUGUUGUAAGUCAAAGAUUUAAACCAACGACGCAUGUUGCACUCUUUGACUAUUGGUGGAACAACUCCCAUGAAAAAAUGAAUUUAUGACCAUUUACAGAACGCCUGUAGCUGCCGUUCUUUAUUGGACUCAGACCUGCUCUGGGAAACUCACAAAGUGGAAAAGAGAGCUUAUAAAUACAAGGUAUUAUAAAUUUACCCCACAGUCUUCCACAACAGAAAGUACGGUAGGAGCAAAUACAGUUUUUGCUUUGUUUAAGUGCAGCUUUCAGCUUUUUAGAGAAGGAAGGGGAGAUCGCACCGCUAGAAAACAUUGGAGCAGCACCUCACAGCUGUAUAACUGCUGUGUUUCAACAUUAUAGGACAUGCACAGAGUUUUUCACACAGACACACACACACAGUGUAGCUGCUGUAUAGACAGAGUAUAAACUAAAGAAGCUGGUCACAGGCAUCAAAAUGGCAGCAGCAGCAUGCCCUCACAGGCUAAACUGUUAUUAUCAAUUCUAGAAGAUUUGGUAGGAAUAUACAAGUAUACAUCACUUAGCUUCCUCAGUGUGAAAUGAUUGUAAAGGGAAACUUGGACUGGAUGUGAGAACCUUUGCUGGGUUUUUGGGGAGAAAAGUAAUAAAGAUUUCACCAUGAAGGACAA